CCCAUCCGAUCCACUAAACAUCUUUCAAUAAACAAAACAAAUUCAUAUAUAUAAAGCUUCGAAUUCACUGUACAAAAUUCAUGGAUUUUUCAUUUUCCCAGUCAAAUUUCCAAAACCUUCAGCCGCCAUAUCAACUCCCCUUCAACGAAAACGACGCCGGCGACAUGCUCCUCUACACCGUCCUCGCCGAGGCCGGCGGCGGCGGCGGCGGCGGCGCCAUCUCCUCCUCGUCUUCCUCGUCCUCAAUGUCGGGGACGCCGUUCCUCGGCGGCGCGUCGAUUUCCAUGGAAGAAGAAGAGGAGGAAGAAGAGUGGUCGUCUUCUUCUUCAAGGACGACGAUCGGCGGCGGCGGAGCUUACAGAGGAGUGAGGAAGCGGCCGUGGGGGAAAUACGCGGCGGAGAUACGGGACUCGACGCGGCGGAGCGUGAGGGUGUGGCUGGGGACGUUCGACACGGCGGAGGAGGCGGCGCUGGUUUACGACCAGGCGGCGUUCGCAUUGCACGGGUCGACGGCGGUGCUCAAUUUCCCGGCGGCGGUGGUGUACCAGUCGCUGGUGGAGCUGGGGUGCGGCUUCGACGACGGCGGCUCGCCGGUGCUGGCAUUGAAGAGAAGGCACUGCAAGAACAGUAGGAGAAGCAGUAGUAUGAUGAACAAGAAGAGAAUUAAUAAUAAUAAUAAUAAUGAAGUGUUGGUUCUUGAGGAUUUGGGGGCUGAGUAUUUAGAACAGCUGCUUAGCUUAUCUGAGGCUAAACUUGAUAAUUAG